AUGAAAGACGACGGGUACCGAUGGCUAGAACAAGAUAUUGUAAUGCCAGAUAACAGCUCGGGAGACGGAGUUGUUAUCCCACCUUCUUCAUUCCUGGCCGCUUCGCAAUGGUCGUCCUCGAACCAACAUGCAGAUUCCGACAUAUCAUUGAUGACGAGGGCGACAGCGGCAACCCCAAGAAUCCACGAUAAUGAUGCAGCUCCGCAGCUGGCUCCUGAGAUCCAGAAAUUCUUGCACGCUUGCUGGCAAUCAUCGCUACCUACUUCUUCCCCUACUGCGCUAGACUCUCCGUUUCUACAACUCCCAUCUCCUGAGCUCCCCAGCGACGAAUGCUCCAUCAAUACGAGCCUGCUAUCAGAAAGACAACGCAGCUACUACAUGCGGUGUUUCAGACACGACUGUCAUCCCCUCUUCCCAAUUAUAGGAGAAAAGGCAUUAGCCGAAGUCACGGCAACAUCGUUAGCACCAAUCAUCUCUCAUGAUAGCUCAGUGAAAGGCGCGUUUGUCGAUGCCAUGAUUGCUCUGGGUAUCCAACACACUCAUCAAACUGGAGUUAACCAACCAUACCGCGAUGCUUACAAUCUGGUUGGCAUCACUGUUCGGAAAGCCUACGCCGCGAAACUCCAUCGAGUGCCACCCACACAUCUCUCCGAGCCGAUGAGGCUAGAGCGCAUGCAUCUGUGGUGGAUGCUCUUCUACCUCGACUCUAGAUGCUCACUGCAGCUUGACAUGCCUGCCGCCAUCCAAAAGGGGCUCGUCACAUGUCCCAUUCCAGCGGUAGAGGAUCUUGCUCGACAUGUUUUCACUGGCGCGGAUCAGUUGAUCCUUUGCGCAUACUCGAACCGCUUGAUUCAUUUGGCGAAUGUCAUGGCCAACACUGCCGCUAACCAUUCUGGUGAUGGCAAUGGCGACAUGUCAUCGGACACUUUAAAGCAGCACGUACUUCGGGCUUUAUCCACCAUAAAGACCUUGGAGUCCUGGCACAAGCAGCUGGCCGAAAACUUCAAUCUUCCAUGCCCCUUUAGUAGCUAUUUCAAGGCUGAGAUCCUGGCCAUUGAAAAUGAACCAAGAAGUCUCCCAACAUGGCUUCAGCGGCAAAAGGCUUUCUUGGAGCUUGCUUAUCACAACGCGUGUACGCUGUCACUGCGAGACUUUCUGUGUCACCCCCUGGCCACCUGUAAAACUGCCACCGGCGACGGGGAUGGAGAAUCGGCGGUAAUGCUAUCGCAAAUUCGGGAAUGCAUUACUAGCGCUAUCGAACACUCCAUGAAGAUUAUAGAUCUUGUGUUUAACCUCUGUUCCAUGUCUGAUGUGUUUUACGGCUGGUCAGAGAUACUGCAGCCGAUGUGGAAUGCGACAGUAACACUCAUGGCUUCCAUUUGUAUCAAGACAUCGCUUUCGUGUAGUGGCAGUGAGAUAUCCAAUGCUAUUACCCGUGCGAUCUCUAUCUUCAAUCUCUUUUCCAUGUCUGAUCUAGCUGCCAUGUCUGCUAAGAAGCUACUUGGGUUACUUGCAAGCUACUUGCAGACAAUCAUAACCAAGGAAUGUGCACUUAACAACAGCACUGGGGUUACUUGGGAUAACUUCUUUUUGCCUUUAGAAAAACAGGAUUCUAGAGUAAUGGAAGAGAAUAUAUUAUUCUUUAAUCUAUAA